AUGAGCUCCUAUUUUGUGAACCCUCUCUUUUCCAAGUACAAAGGCGGUGAAACGUUGGAACCAACUUACUACGACUGCAGGUUCCCUCAAGGCGUCACCCGGAGCCACGCGCUGGUGUACGGUGCGGCGGCGCCGGGCUUUCAGCACCCGCCCCAUCACGUCCAAGACUUCUUCCACAAUGGGACGCCGGGGAUCUCCACACCAAGCUACCAGCAGAAUCCAUGCGCCUUGGCUUGUCAUGGAGAUGCCACUAAAUUUUAUGGAUACGAAGCCCUUCCGAGACACACGCUAUAUGGCACCCAACAAGAGGCGAGCGUGGCGCAAUACCCAGACUGUAAAUCGUCAAAUGGCACUAACCUCCGAGAAGGACAAGGCCACCUAAAUCAAAACCCGUCUCCUAGUCUCAUGUUUCCAUGGAUGAGACCGCACGGUUAGUAGGCUACGUUUUAAUAUGUGUAUUACCCAUUUAGUGCAAUUAUAGACUAGUGACAUUAUAGUGCUAUGCUUAGCUAGGCUACUUGUGUCUUUAUGUUGUUGUACUUUUCAUGGCAUGUAGCCUACAUCUGCUAAUGUAUGAUUACGUUUUCGGAUCAUCACUUAUCACUCAGUAGAACUCAUCGGUUAACCGUGGCACAAUGAUUCACUCUAAUCAGACCUUAGCUACUUUGCUUACAGGCGCAAAAAUACCAGUUGAUCUGAGUCAGUGUUGUGCAAUUCACGGCGGCUCAGUGGAUUGCUAGUAGUAGAUGAGAAAAUGAGCAGAGAUUAAUAACAACAAUAAAAACGAAUUCAGUGAAAGUUCAGCAGAAACACUUGGCAUGGCAUAAAUACAGCUAGGCUAUAGUCUUGGAAUGUCCUGUAAACAUAAGGUCACCAAUAUACAGUGGUAUGGUUGAAUGUGGAUGUCACCAACCUCUGGUAUACACAGGCAGGUUUCAAACAAGAAUAGGUCUGCGAACUAUCUCCCGCACACACAACAACCUCCGGCACAGACACACAUACACCGGCACACACACACAUACACCAAUCAAUCUCCUAUAAAAAAUAUAAUAGCAGUGUAAACUAAUAGCAUACAGGUCUUGCGACGAUCCCUGCUUAAUUGUAAGUGCUAUUUCCAUUCUAUAGCCCCCGGAAGACGCAGUGGCCGACAGACCUACAGUCGAUACCAAACACUGGAGUUGGAGAAGGAAUUUCUCUACAACCCUUACCUCACCCGUAAGCGUCGGAUAGAGGUGUCUCACGCUUUAGGGCUGACGGAGAGGCAGGUUAAGAUUUGGUUCCAAAACCGACGGAUGAAGUGGAAAAAGGAGAACAACAAGGACAAAUUUCCGGGCCAAAGAGGAGAGGCGGAGGCCGAGGGAGAGGCAGAGGGCGAGGGUGAGUGCGAAGAUGAAGGCAACGAUGACGGUGAAGGAGAAGGAGACAAAAAGGAAACAGGAGAGGAAGAAGACACGAAAGAGUGA